AUGCGUCUAAGAAACAGAGACUUGGACGUUCAAGGCCUUGAUUCUGAAAUGCAAGAAGUUGACUCCAUGCAUAAUACAUUAGAACACGAAUCUUUGACGGGAGAACACAGAAGAGAUCGAAGUGACAAAGGAAAUAUUCUCCUACUCGUUUUUCUGUAUGUUUUACAAGGAAUACCUUUGGGCCUCGCUGGGAGCAUGCCGAUGGUUUUACAAAACAAAAGGAUCUCCUACAAGCAACAGGCAGUCUUCAGCUUUGUAUUUUGGCCAUUCAGCUUGAAGCUUCUUUGGGCCCCUAUUGUUGAUUCUAUAUACCUCAAGUCGUUUGGGAGGAGAAAAACAUGGCUAGUCCCAACACAGUAUUUAAUUGGGUUGUUUAUGCUAGCACUCUCACUGAGAGUUCAUAGCUACUUGGAUUCUGAAAUCCCACAAGUCACAAUUUUGACUGCAUUAUUCUUUGCCCUCAAUUUUCUUGCUGCAACUCAAGAUAUCGCUGUUGAUGGCUGGGCAUUAACAAUGCUCUCAAAGGAAAACAGAGGCUAUGCUUCAACUUGCAAUACUGUUGGUCAAACUGCUGGAUAUUUCAUCGGGAAUGUGGUAUUCCUGGCACUCAAUUCACCAAGUUUUAGUAACCAAUAUUUAAGAUCAGUUCCUGCAGAAGUUGGUGUUGUUACAUUACCACAGUUUCUUUGGUUUUGGGGAAUGGUUUUUCUUGUGACAACAACUCUAGUAGCUAUUUUCAAAAAAGAAAAAGAUUCAACCCAGGGAAAUGAAGAGCUCAAUGUUUUUGAGACAUACUACACCUUGCUAAAAAUAAUUAAGCUUCCUGCAGUUAUUCAGUUUGUGAUUGUUCUAUUGACAGUAAGGAUAGGAUUUGCUGCUACAGAUUCUGUCACUGGCCUGAAACUGAUUGAAGCUGGUGUUGCAAAAGAAACUCUCGCAAUGUUGGCAGUUCCUCUUGUUCCUAUACAAAUUUUUCUUCCUCUUUUAAUCAGCAAAUAUACAGCAGGUCCACGCCCCCUUGAUGCAUACAAAAAAGCAAUACCUUUUAGAUUGGCUUUUGGCAUCAUGUUUGCUCUACUGGUCCAGUGGACUCGUAAUGUCCGUGAUCCGGGUGUUGAAUCUUUCCCAAUCUACUAUUACAUAGUUAUUUUAUCAGCAUAUGGACUACAUCAGAUUUCAUUAUACACCAUGUUUGUCAGUGGCAUGGCAUUCCAUGCAAAAAUAAGUGAUCCACUGAUUGGAGGGACAUACAUGACGUUGUUAAACACGGUCUCAAACCUCGGUGGAGUGUGGCCCUCCUCUUUAUCACUGUGGGCUGUUGAUGGUUUAACAUGGAAAACAUGUACUGGUGUUGCUGGUAAUAUCCCAUGUAAUACUGCAGACGAGAACAAGAUCUGCAUGGAUAAUGGUGGAGUUUGUAGUAUAUCAAUUGAUGGAUACUAUAUUGAAACUGGGAUUUGUGUUGUCCUUGGUAUAUUGUGGCUACUUUGGAAAAGAAAAACCCUUGUUAAUCUACAGAAUUUGAAAGAAGAUGCUUGGAAGGUAUCAAAUAAUGCAAAAAAGAGCAAAACAUGACGACUUCACUUCUUAGACACAAAUAAAUUAUGCCAAAAAUGUUUAUUUUUCAAUGAUAUCAUUUUGAAGUUUUAUUUAUUCGACUGCAAGAUGCUUAGUUAGUUUGAAUAAAAGUUCCUCUGUUGGUUGAAAA